CACAUGAAUGAACUCUGCUUUAUGAACUCAUACAACCUUUUUAACAUGUUUGUUUGUAUCAUAUUUGUCACUGUUUUGAUUUUAAAAUAAAGGUUGUCUAAUAAAAAAAGAAAGAAAGAAAAAAAAGAUGGAUUUCUAUGCACUUCUGUGAUUGUAGGACAAUGCUAUGUGUGAACAGGACUUUUAUUUUGGAGUGACGACAUGACGUCAUAAGACUGCGCCGCGCUCCUGCAUCUGUUGUGAUUCUGAUGAAGAAAGAUGGUGCUUAUUAUUAAAGAGGAAACUGAAGACAUGAAGAUGGCGUUUAUUAAAGAGGAGACUGAAGACAUGAAGAUUGAAGAAACAUUCAGAGUGAAACAUGAAGAUACUGAGGAACAAACAGACCUAAUGGCACUGAAAGAGGCGAGUCAUGAACUUAAUGAAAAGGAAGAAGAGAAAGAACAUUAUGAUAAACAUCACAAUUUCAUGACUGGGGAAAGAGCGACACAGGCUAAAAAGUCUUCCUCACAAAAAAGAGCUCAAAAGACAGGAACUAAAAGUUAUUUCACCUGCCAACAGUGUGGAAAGAGUUUUGAUCAGCAUAGAAACCUUCAAGUCCACUUGAGAGUUCACACUAGAGAGAGCUCCUUCACUUGCCAACAGUGUGGAAAGAGUUUCACACGUAAAGAAAACCUUCAAGUCCACUUGAGAAUUCAUACUGGAGAAAAGCCUCACACCUGCCAACAAUGUGGAAAGAGUUUUACUGUAAAAGGAAACCUUAAAGACCACAUGAGAAUUCACACUGGAGAGAAACCUUUCACCUGCCAGCAAUGUGGACAGAGUUUCAGUCAAAAAGGAAGCCUUAAAGUCCACAUGAGAAUUCACACCGGAGAGAAACCUUUUACCUGCCAACAAUGUAGACAGAGUUUCACACAUAAAGAAAACCUUAAAGUCCACAUGAGAAUUCACACUGGAGAAAAGCCUUAUACCUGCCAACAAUGUGGACAGAGUUUCACACUUAAAGGAAACCUUAUAGACCACAAUAGAAUUCACACUGGAGAGAAACCUUUCACCUGCCAACAAUGUGGACAGAGUUUCAGUCAAAAAGGAACUCUUAUAGUCCACAUGAGAAUUCACACUCGAGAGAAGGCUUUCAUCUGCCAACAGUGUGGAAAGAGUUUCACACAUAAAGGAAGCCUUAAAGUCCACAUGAGAAUUCACACUGGAGAAAAGCCUUACACCUGCCAACAGUGUGGAAAGAGUUUCAGUCAAAAAGGAAGCCUUAUAGCCCACAUGAGAACUCACACUGGAGAGAGCCCAUUUGCCUGCCAAUAGUGUGGAAAGAGUUUCAGUGGAAAAGGAAAACUUGAAAUCUAUAUGAGAACUCACACUGGAGAAAAGCCUUACACCUGCACUCUGUGUGGGAAUGGCUUCACACGGGAACGAAGCCUUAAGGAGUUUAGAAAGAGUUAGAAAGAGUUUCAGACGCAUGAAUAUUUACACUGGAGAGAAGCCAUUCACAUGUGAUCAGUGUAGAAAGAGUUUCAGACAUAAAUUGACCCUUUAUUCCACACAUGAACAUUCACACUGGAGAGAAGCCUUUUACAUGUGGUCAGUGUGGAAAGAGUUUCAGAUUUGAAGGUGACUGGCUGAUUGCGGCAUGAUUGGGAGCACCGGCAUGGAGGUAUCUUGCUCCCUACAAAAGCAGCCUCUUCCUUUUGGCAUGGUGUCUGCUCUGGCUCCGUCUCUGGACUUUGACAGCUCUAGUUCUUCGUGUCCAUACUUAUGGCUCAUGUUUGCCUUAGUUUUACCCCUUAAGCCCUGAGGGUAUUUUCAGUGACACACAAAAAAUUAAAGACUCGUAACUCCAAAACUAUAGCAAGGAGAGUCAAAAUGUUGGUAUUGUUUGAAAGGAAACUUUUUAAAUAAAAAAAAAAAAUUGGAUAUUCUCAUGCUGAGAAACUGCAAAAAAAACAGCAAAAAAAAAAAAAGUGGAAAAAAUUAAAAUUUACAUAUCUUUCUAAUUUAAAAUGAAAUAUCCCAUGAAGAGAAUACGGUAGCAGGUUCAUUUCUCUUUUGGUGACAUUCCUCUAUAUGUGAGCUGUAUCUGGUUCAAAUUUUGUGGUGAUUGCAUGAAGAAACCAAGAGUUCUAGCAUUUGGAACAAAGGUAGGCAUUUUUAAUUUUUUGUUUUGUUUUCUGAGUGACAUGCACAAAAAUAUUGACUCAUAACUUCAGAUCUCUUGCAAGGAGAGUCAAAAGGUUGAUAUCGUUUGAAAGAAUUUUUUUUGCACUCUUAAAUUUAAAAAAUAUUAAAUUCUGACAUUCUCAUGCUGAGAAACUGAUAAAGUCACAAAAUAAAAGUUUGCUCAAGGGAAAUUUUACAUAUAUUUCAUAUAUGACAUGCAAUAACUCAGAGAGGAAAUAAGGUAGGAGGACAGUUCGUUCACUGUUGUUUGGUGAUGUUCCCCUAUAUGUGAGCUGUAUCUGGAUCAUCGUUUUGUGAUCCAAUAAAGAAGUCAAAAGUUAGAGCAUUUGGAAACAAGUUAGCCUUUUUUGUUUAUCCAUUGGCACCCCCUGAUGGGAAAUUUUACAAUUUUAUGCACAAAAAGUUCAUUUCAAACUUGAUGCCUGCUACAGGUCUCAAAAUAGUUGGGACAGGCGCAUGUUUACCAUGGUAUAGCCUCUCCUCUUUUCAAAACAGUGUGAAGACGUCUGGGCAUCGAGGUUAUGAGUUUUUCUAGAGUUUUGGUGUUGGAAUUUGGUCCCAUUCUUGCCUUAUAUAUGUUUCCAGCUGCUGAAGAGUGUGGUCUUCUUUGACGUAUUUUUCUCUAUAGGUGAAAGAUCUGGACUGCAGGCAGGCCAAUUCAGCACCCAGACUCUUCUACGAUGAAGCCAUGCUGUUGUAGUAGCUGCAGUAUGUGGUUUUGCAUUGUCCUGCUGAAAUACACAAGGCCUUCCCUGAAAUAGACAUCAUCUGGAUAUGUUGUUCUAAAACCUUAUAUACCUUUCAGCGUUCAUAGUGCCUUCCAAAACAUGCAAGCUGCCCAUACCGUAUGCACUUAUGCACCCCCAUACCAUCAAAGAUACUGGCUUUUGAACUAAACGCUGAUAACACGCUGGAAGGUCUCCCUCCUGUUUAGCCCGAAGGACAUGGCGUCUGUGAUUUCCAACAAGAAUUUCAAAUUUGGACUCGUCUGACCAUAGAACACUUUUCCACUUUAAAACAGUCCAUUUUAAAUGAGCCUUGGCCCACAUGACACGACGGUGCUUCUGGACCAUGUUCACAUAUGGCUUCCUUUUUGCAUGAUAGAGCUUUAGUUGGCAUCUGCAGAUGGCAUGGCGGAUUGUGUUUACCAACAGUGGUUUCUGGAAGUAUUCCUGGGCCCAUUUAGUAAUGUCAUUGACACAAUCACUCAUCGGCAUGAGACCACGGGCAUCCAAUAAAGGUCUUUGGCCUUGUCCCUUAUGCACAGAGAUUUCUCCAGUGUCUUCUGAAUCUUUUGCUAUGCACUGUAGAUGAGAUUUGCAAAGCCUUUGCAAUUUGACAUUGUGGAACAUUGUUUUUAAAGUAUUCCAUAAUCUUUUUAUGCACUCUUUCAAAGAUUGGAGAGCUUCUGCCCAUCUUUACUUCUGAGAGACUCUGCCUCUCUAACGGGGCGUUAACACCAGACAUGACUUGUGCAAAUAAAUCUCGCAUAGUUGGACGCUUGAACAUUUUGAGUUAACUCGCUUAAUUCGCGCGUAAAAUUCACUUUACAACAGACGCGAAUUCGUGUCUCCAGUCACGUUGCAAAAUGGCUGACAUGGAUUUUGUUGAGAGGGUAGCUGCGCUUUAUGUGCUGUGGAAGGCUGAAACACGGCGUAGACUCGUUCGGCGCCGUGUCUUGGUCCAUCAGAUCCUUCAGAGGCGCACCCAGCUUGGUGAGUUUCACCAACUCUUCCAGGAGCUGCGCCUGGAUGACGGCCGCUUUCCGACUGAGCCGGUCCCAGUUUGAUGACCUGUUGUCCUGUGUCGGUGGGAGGAUUUUCCUCCAGGACACCAACUACAGGCACUCUAUUCCACCUGCAGAGUGCCUGUCCAUCUGUCUCCGAUAUCUUGCCACUGGAGACUCCUUCCGGACCAUCGCCAGCAGCUUACGUGUUGGUGUCUCCACAGUCUGCAAGGUUGUCCCAGAUGUGGUGACUGCAAUCUGGGACUGCUUAGUGUGGAGGAGUUCAUGGCUGUGCCCUCCACAGAUAAAUGGAGGUCCAUUGCAGAGGGUUUCGAGGAAAGGUGGAGCACUGGACGCCAAGCACUGAUAAAACACCCCCCAACACCGUAUCCCAGUUCCACAACUACAAGGGAACUUUUUCCUUAGUUCUCCUUACUGUUGUGGAUGCAAGGUAUUGCUUUCGGGUGAUUGAUGUCGGGGCAUAUGGGCAGACGAGCGAUGGUGGGACUCUGGCCAACUCAGCCUUUGGCCAGGCACUCCGUGGUGGCACCCUCCAUCUGCCACCUGACUGUCCUCUCCCAGGAGCUGACCAAAGAGGACCCCAGCCCCACGUCUUUGUGGGGGAUGAGGCCUUUCCCCUCAGGAAAUGCCUCAUGAGGCCAUUCCCUGGGUGCAGCCUUCCCCAAGAGAGACGGGUCUUUAAUUACCGUCUCUCCAGAGCCCGGCUGGUGGUGGAGAACGCCUUUGGGAUCCUGUCCUCACAGUGGAGGAUGUAUCGCUGCCUCAUAGAGGUUUAGCCUGAUGUUGUGGAGAGGUGUGUGAAAGCGACAUGUGUCCUCCACAACUUUAUGAGGAGAUCUGCAGAGGCACCUGCUGUGAGGGGGGCAGUGCAAGGUGCAGAGGACUCGCUGCAGAGUCUCGGUCGGGUUGCAGCCAAUAAUUCUACCAGAGAGGCCAUCCGGGUCAGGGACAGCUUUAUGGCUCUCUUUUCAGCCGAGGGAGCAGUCCCGUGGCAACCGACUGAAUAAUUUUUGUUUAUUAUAUCCUGUGCUGUUUAUGUUCAUGUUUAGCUCAUGUUAAUAUUCCCAUCCUUUUGUCUUUUCUUUUGAUUUACACCCUUUAUAUAUUGUAAAUAAUAACAUCUUUUCAACCUCUCUUGUAAAUAUUGCUAUCUUUUUCCAUCCUUAACUCUUGUAAAUAUUUCGUCAUUUUUCAAUCAUUUUUUGUUCAAGUUUAGAUUGUUAUAGUUUUCUUGUUUUCAAAUGAUAAAUGGAGCCAGCCUCCAAAAGGAA